AUGGAGGGAGCAGUUAGUAGAGCAUGGGAACAGCUUCAUCCAGAUGUUCUGGGGGUAAUAUUCGAGGAGCUUUCCAUGGAGGAGAAGUUCAAUGUGAUCCCUUUAGUAUGCAAGCCAUGGGGAAAAGCAGUAAAGGAGGAGCCUUCAUGUUGGAAAGAUAUAGAUAUAUCGGACUGGAGUUACGGAAAAGAACCCGAAAAAGUUGAUAAGAUGCUCAGGUUGUUGAUUACUAGGAGCUCUGGUUCCCCGCAGAAGCUAUGUGUUUCUAAUGUCCAGCUCGAGAGCAGCUUCCAUUUCAUUGCUGAACACGCUCAGUCAUUGUUGGCGUUGAAACUUCCCAAAUCCAAAAUGAAUGACUCAUUGAUGAAAACCAUUGCCGGGAAAUUCUCCAAUCUCACUGAAUUAGACCUAAGCUACUGCAACAAAAUUGGUGCUGCGACAUUAGAAGCCAUAGGAAAGAAUUGCAAAUCCCUCGAAACCUUCCGUCGCAACCUGCAUCCACCGCACGUGACGGGAAAAUUGUUACACAAUGAGGAAGCUCAUGCAAUCGCAGCCACAAUGCCGAAGCUCAAGAGCCUCGAAAUCGUGUUUAAUCUCCUCGAUUCGAACGGCGUUUUGGAAAUAAUCGGCGGCUGUUGCGAUCUCGAGUUAUUGGACAUACGAGGAUGCCGGGGUGUGGAGUUGGGUGUAAAUUAUCUCCGGGAGAAGUUUCCUAGGGUUCAUGUUUUGGGGCCUGAAGUUGAGGAUUUUUAUGAUGAGGAUAUCUGGGAAUAUUAUCGCUCGGAUACUGAUUCCGAUACAUGGGAUGAUGACUUUGAGAAUUUAAAUGAGCUUAUAUUGGAGGAUUUUCAAAGGAGGGUUACAAUCUCGUUUAAUGAUGGUGGUAAUGAUCAUCAUCAAGAGAUUGUCAAUGGCUGGCCAAUUGAUCCUUGA